AUGGCGCUUGUGGAGGUGGUGGUAGUGACAGCAUGGUGGUGGAGGUGGCAGCAUGGUGAUGGUGGUGGUGUUGGUUGUGGAGGUGGUGGUGGAUGUGGAUGUUUUGAAGGAGGUGGUGGUUGUGGUGGUGGUGGUGGUGGUGGAGGUGGAGGUGAAGGUGGAGUUGGUGGUGGUGGUAGUGGUGGUGGUGGUGGUGGUGGUUGUGGUGGUGGUGGUGGUGGUGGAUGUGGAAGUGGAGGUGAUGUUAUUUUUUAA